AUGGCUCCAGAAAGGGUUCUGCGCAUUCCGCGAAGCGACAGCCUGGAUGAGUUCAUUCUGAUCAAGACAUCCAAGUCCGGGAAAAACAAGCUCGAUUUGAGUCUCGUCGCUACAGAAGGGGAGAAUCCUUACACAGGCUCCAUUAAAACAUCUCAAAUCAGCAAAUUACGGGCCAAAAACUACCGCGGCAGCGACGACGAAUGGGCUGGAAUUCUUUCAUACGUAUUUAACCAGAACCAGGACGCUAUCGAGUCGGAAGACUGGACGACAGGCCUGGAGACGGUCGCAAUAGUGAAAUCGAUGGAUGGGGAAGACGACGACGAGGGCGAUAAAGAGAUCUUGAUAACUCUCCGAAAACGGAUCGAUUCUAUUACGUUAAUACUUCAGCAACGUCUGGGUUCAAUCACACUUAAACAAGACGAUGACCAGGCCAUCCAGCUUUUUGACUGGACUGGUAUUGCUGUCGCUCAGGCGAACGAUGUUUCCAACGAAGUGUUCUCGCUAAAAGCCAAAUAUCGCGACUCAGAAUCCACGAUUAGCCAUUUGAAUGCCCAAUUGGAAGAGCUAAUUCAGGCGAAAAAGGAACACGAUGACCAGUUAAUUGCUAAAUUUGCGCAACUCCUAAACGAGAAGAAGCUGAAGAUUCGUAACCAACAAAGACUGCUGGCCACCGCAAAAGUUGAUCCCGCAAAAGUCGCUGAAUUGGAAGCUGCGAAUACGGGGAAGAAACCCAGAAAAGCCGAUGCGAGUAGGAAAACAAAACGCAAAGCCCAAGAGCCACCUAUCAACACCUGA